UUCAACCCGCGGCUUUUUGUUGUCUACCCGCGAAAAUGAGCGAGCCGAAGCCCCACUCCAGCGUGGAAGAUGCUCGCGAUGUUGAGAUCGCGUCUGAUGACUUUGACGAGCAGCAUUUUGAUGCAUCAUACCGCAGCCCUCAGGAGAAAGCACUGGUCUGGAAACAAGACUUGCACAUUGUUCCUCUAUGUGCUGCCAUCUAUCUUCUCUGCUAUCUAGAUAGAUCUAACAUUGGAAAUGCAAAAAUCCUCAACCAAGAUACGCACAAUGACCUCCUGUCCGAGACUAAGAUGACCUCGUAUCAAUACACGAUUGCGCUUAUGGUGUUCCUCAUUGCUUAUGCGCUGUUCGAAGUCCCUUCCAAUUACUUUUUGAAAAAGCUUAGGCCGAGUAGAUGGGUCGCCUUUCUGAUGCUGUCAUGGGGCGCGUGCACAAUGGGCUUGGGAGGAACCCAUAACUUCGCUCAGGUCACCGGCCUCCGUUUCCUUCUAGGAGUAAUGGAAGCAGGACUCUUCCCUGGCCUGGUCUACUACCUGACCUUCUGGUACCGACACUCCGAGCGCUCCAUGCGUGUGGCCUUGAUUCUCGCAUCCGCUACCUUAGCCGGCGCCUUUGGCGGUGCAAUCGCAUACGGCGUGGGCCACAUCAAUCAGGUCCAUGCACUAUCUGCAUGGCGAUGGCUAUUCAUCAUCGAGGGAGCACCCUCGUGCGCUUCAGCCGUUCUAGUCUGGUUUUUUCUACCAGAUUAUCCCGAAUCAGCUCGUUGGCUCACGCAAGAAGAGAGAGACCUCGCCGCUCAAAGGCUGCGAACCGAAGGCUCCCAGGGCGAAGCCAAAGCCAUGACUUGGGAGGAUGCCAAAGCUGUGCUAACAGACUGGCGUCUCUACGCUCACUAUGCCGUCUACUUCGGCAUAUCCGCCCCCUUUUCCAGUCUUUCUCUCUUCACGCCCGCAAUCACCAGCGGGCUCGGUGCCCCAUGGGCGGUAGCCUAUGUCGUGACAACAGCCGCAGCCUGGUCCGCAGAUCAUUUCAACAGUCGUGGCCUGCAUUCCGCCCUCUUCUCCUUCAUCGCACCGCUACGGCUGCCUCAUCGUCGCCACCAGCGGCGCCUUCGCCUGCAUCCCCCGCUCCUGGGCUGGCUCUCCUCCAACCUCCGCUCCACAGCCGGCACGGGGCUAGCAAUAGCUCUGAACGUGUCCUUCGGCGCUCCGGGCCAAAUCGUCGGCGUGUGGAUUUACAAAGCCAAAGAAGCGAAGAGGGGAUACCCGACGGGUCACUGGACCAAUGCUGGGUUACUCCUGUUUGUUUGUGCGGGGUGCAUCAUGCUGCGAUGCUAUUACGGGUGGUUGAACCGCAGAGACAGAGCAAGCGGGAAAAGAUUUGCUUAUUGAUGGAAGUCGGAACUGGGUUCAUAAUGAAUCUUAUUUCCCCCUUGAUUUUUUUUCCCAGACAGUUUUGGCGAAAAUCUCAUCUGCGACCUUGUAAUCAAUCGAACGCCACACGGAGUUGAAGAGACAAAAUAAACCCGUAGUGUUGA